UAUACUCUUCUCCCCUAUUACACACUAAAGCUCUGAAUACCCUAACACUCGGACAGAGCUCAUCUACGGCGCUUGCACUCUCUCAUCUGUUGGGGCUCCCUCCAUCAUCUCCCCUAACCUGUCUCUGCUGGCGCUCGCACUCCCUCGGCGCUCACUACUCACCGCGUCGGUUAGCCAACGGAGGUCGCCUUUCCUUCCUCCGUGCCGCCAGUCUCUGCCUUCCUUCCUCGAUCGUCUAUUCUAUCUUUGCAUCUAGAAUGCAGCCAUAGGUAAAUUAUUUAUUGUUUUUCUUUGAUCUAAUUUUUUGUUUUGAUUUUCAUGGUCACCAGGAACGGUGGAAGUUUCGGUUUGGUGAACGAGGACCUUCUCCAGAACAUUCUGGCGAGGCUCUGGCUCGUUGGUUCGCUUCCGCUGCUUGCGUCAGCAAAUCAUGGAGCUUUGUCUGCAAUCGAAUCCUUACUCGUCCAAAGCUCUCUUUUGCUCUUUCUCUCAAUCCUUCACUUUCCUAUGGUAAAGAUUAUGAGUUUGAUGCUCCAGUGAAGCUCCUAGAGAAACAUCUACAUGCUAUGGCACAAUCUGUUGUUGAGCAACUUGUUGUUUCUCAGGUUCUCGUGUCUGACAUUAAGAUUGGAUAUAAGAUAGUUAACACUCAGGUUCUUGCUUUCAAUGGUAAGCCUGUGAAGAAUUUGAAGGGCUUGGCCACCAUGGUUGAGAACUGUGAUGAUGAGUCUCUAAAGUUUGAUCUGGAAUACCAACAGGCUGAUAAGCUUUUGUCCCUAGAAUUCCAACCUUCUAUAGUUUUUAUUAAUUUUGAUUUUCCCAAGAAUUCAAAAACUUAUCUCCACAAGGUCGGUCGCUCAGGGAGGUUUGGGCAUCUUGGUUUAGCAGUUACCUUGAUCACUUAUUGGGACCGCUUUAAUUUGAUUGAACAAGAAUUUGGAAUUGAAAUAAAGCAAAUUCCACCACACAUUGACCAGAUUAUUCGUGAAGUGUAUUGUGGAGCUUUCCAUUUGGUUCCUUUAUCCGAGGAAGGCCUGGUAUAAGCUUGGGGUGAUUCAAUGACAUUUCUUAAUUCCCUUUCUAGAAAUUCAUUUUUGUUUAUGUUUGUAAAUUUCAUGGACACUGUCGUUGCAUGUAUAGAGAUGACAUGG